AUGAACGAUCCCGUGUCAAUCGGUCAGCAAUGGGUCGAAGGCAACACCUGUCUGCCAACCUCCAACCCUAACGAUACAUGCACACUCGACGGGUUUCCCACCUACGUCGUCAAAGCAACAACGGUGAAGCAUAUCCAACUCGCCGUGAACUUUGCCCGGAACUCCAACAUCCGGCUCGUAAUCAAGAACACAGGCCACGACUUCCUCGGCCGCUCCACCGGCGGCGGCGCCCUGUCCAUCUGGACGCACGCCCUCAAAGAAUUCUCCCUCUUGCCCGCCUACACAAUCGGGCGCUACACCGGCAAAGCCGCGCGCAUGAGCGCCGGUCUGCAGGGCUACGACCUGAGGGCCUACGCGUCGCAGCACGACGUCUCCAUCGUGGCGCCGGGCGGCCAGACGGUCGGAGCCCUGGGCGGCUUCAUCGCGUCCGGCGGCCACUCGGCCUACACGUCGUACCUGGGGCUCGGCGCGGACCAGGUGCUGUCCAUCCAGGUCGUCACGGCGGACGGGCGGUUCGUGACGGCGGAUCCGGAUCAGAAUACUGAUUUGUUCUACGCUAUGCGAGGAGGUGGCGCGGGCACCUACGGAGUCCUCACCUCCGCCAUCAUCAAAAUUUACUCCCCGAUCCCCGUCGCCUCAGCCAGCAUCUCCUUCUCCACGACCGCGCGCGGCGCCCUCCCCGCCACGCCGCCCGCCGCCUUCUGGCGCGGCAUCCGCACCUACUUCGCCUUCGUUCCAGGAAUGUGCGACGACGGCGGCCAGGGCUACAACUUCAUCCGGCCCGUCCCCGUCUUCAACGGCAGCGCCGCCACCGCCAACGUGCCCCGCAACCUCACCUUCACAACCAGCAUCAGCUACCCGGCCAUGAGCGCCGCCGACGCGACGGCGCGCGUGACCGCCCUGGUCGCCGACCUGCGCGCCGCUGGCGUCAGCCUCAACAGGCCGCUCGUCUCCGUGUCCGGCGGGCCCCGUCCCAACGGCACUGCUCCCCCUCCACCUGCUCCCCCCGCGCGCCCGCCGGGCGAGCUCGUCGAGCAGCGGCGCAUGGCGACGCGGCUGUUCCCGCGCGAGAACCUCGCGGACCCGGCGCUGCUGGACAGGACCAACGAGGUCAUCCGGGCCUACGUCGAGGAGGGCGGCUACGUCUUCCACGGGAUCAACUACUCGCCGACGAGCGAGCGGGCCGGGUGGCCGGGGGCCGACAGCGGCGUCAACCCUGCGUUCCGCAGGACGGUGAUGCACGGCGAGGGGUGGGAGGGCCCGGAGUCGACGGCGCCGCCCGUCGAGAAUAUGGUGGCGAACCACGCGCGCUUCCGGCGGUACUUCCAGGGCUUCAUCGACGUGUCGCCCGGGGCCGGCAGCUAUAUCAAUGAGGCGGAUGCGGGGGAGCCUGGGUGGCAGCAGGCGUUUUAUGGGGACAAGUAUGAGAGGCUAGUGGGGACUAAGAGGGCGAGGGAUCCGUGGGACUUGUUUUUGGCGGCGGUGAGUCCGGGCAUGGACGAGUGGGAGGUGAGGAAGCCGGAGGGGUAUGAGGAGCUUCCGUCGCAGAACGGGAGGCUGUGUCGUCUUGGUGGUGCUUGA